AUGAACGCAACACAAUUCCACUCAUUUAUACUAGCUGGAUAUAGUGAAAUUGGACAGUUGAAGUACUUGUAUUUAAUUAUAAUAACUUCGUUAUACAUCUCUAUAUUGUUUUCCAACACAUUGUUUAUUGUGGUUAUAUAUAUGGAGAGAAGCCUUCACAAACCCAUGUAUCUGUUUCUGUGUAGUUUGUUUGUAAAUGACGUGUAUGGCAGCACUGCUUUGUAUCCUGCUCUCAUGACUAAUUUGGUUUCAGAUGACCAUUCCAUUUCCACUGUGUACUGUUAUCUGCAGAUCUUUUGUAUUUAUACAUAUGGAUGUAUUGAAUUUGGUAAUUUAGCAGUUAUGUCCUAUGACAGGUACCUUGCUAUAUGUUAUCCGCUAAAAUAUAACAUCCUUAUGACACCAAAGAAGGUGUGUAUUUUAGUUUUUCUAAUAUGGUUGUGUAUGUUUGUACAUAUGUUCAUAAAUGUGUAUUUAACUGUUUGUUUGGAAUUCUGUGGGAAUGUAAUAGAAAAAGUGUACUGUGACAACUACCUUGUAGUGAAACUAGCCUGUUCUGCUCCUGAUAUAACUGUCAAAAAUGUCUAUGGACUCUGUGGUCUUGUUUUGUUUUUGGCUGUCCCGUUAUUUACAAUUAUUUUCUCAUAUAUUAAGAUUUUGACUAUUUGUUUGAAAUCUUCCACUGAGACUCGACAGAAAGCAGUCAGCACUUGUACUCCUCAUCUGGCAUCACUGCUGAACUUCUCUUUUGGCUGCCUAAUAAAUCUUCUCCAGAGUAGAUUUGAUAAGCCUUUGGAAACCUUUCCACCUGUACUUCAAACUAUUAUUUCAGUGUAUUUCCUGAUGUGUCAGCCCCUUUUUAAUCCUAUUGUGUAUGGAGUUAGGAUGUCUAAAAUCAGACAGGCUUGUAGAAACAUACUUCCUGUACAUCUGCAACAGAAAACAUAA